AUAUUCUUUAACAUUGUGAUUCUUGGGCAAUUACAUUAUAAAACUGCAGAAUCAUAAUUCCACUAUACCAUGACUUUUGUAUGCUUAUCCUUAAUGCAAAUUGAACUGUAGCCUCCCUGAAAAAUAAGGCCUUUAGUCCUAUAAAUAGCAUCCCAAAUUUCUCUCAGAAACAAGACUUAGUAAGAGCACAUAAAGAACCGCAAAAAAAUCCAUAUAAACAUACAUAAAGAUGGUGAAAUUUACUACCUUCUUCCUGCUUGUCCUCCUCAUUCUUGCCUCUGAUGAAGAAGUGGUGAUGAGGGCAGGAGCAAGGGACUGCCACAAAGUUUGGAACUGCAAAGGCAAUAAUCGCUGCUGGGAUGACUGCAAAAACAAAUAUAAUGGAAUGGGACUCUGUGAUCUGUAUGCUGCACCUGCUGUUCCUAAGCAGUGCUUUUGUGCAUACAAGUGCUGAUAUAUAUAUAAGUAGAUGAUAACCCAGAUGUAAUCGUGUAUGUUAUGUUAAUCUAUAAUCAACUUCCAGAUUUCCUCUAGCCUGAUAGUAUCUAAAAAAUCAGCAGUUUUAGCUCCGGAGAUAAGCUUGAACAAGUUUAAUAUAGCAGACAUAUAAAACCCACAUCGCAAAGAAGAGACUUAACUUUUGAAAACUGCGGCUAUAGAAAGGAAACGAAGGGAAUGGGGUAAGCAUACCUUUCUCGGCCUUUUGGCUAAGAUCAAGUGUAGUAUCUGUUCUUAUCAGUUUAAUAUCUGAUACGUGGACCAUUGGUCCACAUGAUAUUAAAUUAAUUUUUAUAGGGGGAGGGCUCGCUACAAUAGCUUGCUACUGGAGUCCUCGCGAGUCGCCUGUGCGUUGCACUAUUGCAUUGGCCUGGCUCACCCCACCAAA